AUGUCCGACACGCCACGCUCCGAGAAGGAGCUGUGCCUGACACGGUACAGCACUCCCGUCCCCGAGCUGGAUGAUCACCGUCAAUAUAUGAACGCGCCACGCAUUGAGGCCCCGCAACAGGAGCCUCUGAACCGACAAGACACCGUACCGCAGGGAAUGCAGGACCGUCCUGACCUGCUUCAGGCACAGGACGCUCUUAGAGAGGCCGCUCCGGUCUUUCGAGAUUUUGAACAAGCCAUCGUGGAUGAUGAUGAAAUGAAUGUGGGCCGACGCUUCUCGGUCGACCCAAAUGCCAACUACCAUACUCCGCGUCGUAUCAGUUGUGGCCACCAGGACCUCGUCAACGCCGACCGAGCCUCAUCUGUGUCGGCUCAUUCGUCUUCGCCGCCCAACUCUGUGGAAGCUUUCGCCGACCCCCGUCGCCGUGAGCGGGCUAACACGCUGGACAGCCAUGCUCCUCCUGAUCUAGAGGCGCUGCUGCAGCGCACCGUUUCAGGUGGUACCCAGUGUCGGCGCCCAACAUUCAGCAACGCUAGCGCCAUCCGACCCCAGAUCGGUGAUCCCUCUGUCGUCGCACCUGAAGAGGCGUGCAUCCACACGUACGAAGAGCCUGGUCGCAUUCCAGUCAUCGACUACGAGGAAUUGGAGGAAUUUGUCGCUUUGAAUCAGAAAACCAGAGCUGCUACGGCAGGCAACCGCCGCAAGCACAGCCUGAGUUCGCAAAGCAAGAAGCCUCGGGUCUUUUACGAUCUUCGGCCGGGCCUCAAGGGGUCCGAUGUGGACGAAUUCAAGAAGUCCGACUCGACUGAAACGUCUCAAACGUUUGGUGAUUUCGAUGAACCAGUUGAGAACGGUAAGGUGAUGGAUGAGAAGGAGUUGGUGGAGACCCUCCAGAACACCAACGAGCCCACUCGCUUUGGAUUCUUCUCAUCCGAGUCUCAAACUACAGUGCACGCUGCUGACCUGGGAGAUCUGGUUCUUCCUGGUGACACCUUCCGUGAUCUGUUCCAGCUUGGUCCCGAGGGAGGUGUGUGGUGGCUCGAUGUGGUUAACCCUACUGACGAUGAGCUUGGUGCCAUCUCCCGGGCGUUCAACAUUCACCCUCUGACUCAGGAGGAUAUUCAGACUCAGGAAGCCCGUGAGAAGGUCGAAUUGUUCAAACAGUACUACUUUGUCUGUUUCCGUACCUUCUAUCAGAUGGACAAGACCAGCGAGGAGUUCCUGGAGCCGGUCAACUUCUACAUGGUCGUUUUCCGCGACGGCGUCUUGACCUUUUCCUUUGUGGACAACCCCCAUGCCUCCAAUGUGCGCAAGCGUAUUGGAAAGCUGCGUGAUUAUGUAUCCCUCAGCAGUGACUGGAUCUGUUAUGCUAUGAUCGAUGACAUCGUCGAUAGCUUUGGUCCCGUGAUUCGCGAUGUGGAGGUUGAAUCUGAAGCGAUCGAAGACCACGUCUUCAUCGCUCGAGUGGAUGACUUUGAGUCGUUCCUCCCUCGGAUCGGUGGCUUGCGCAAGAAGGUCAUGAGUUUGAUGCGCCUUCUCGGCGGCAAGGCAGAUGUCAUCCGUGGAUUUUCUAAGCGCUGCAACGAGCAGUACGCGAUGACUCCUCGUGGUGACAUUGGUCUGUACUUGGGUGAUAUUCAGGAUCACGUCGUCACCAUGAUGUCCAACUUGGCCCACUUCGAGAAGAUGCUCAGCCGUUCGCAUACCAACUAUCUUGCUCAGCUGAACGUGACCAACAUUGCGUUGGGAAACCACGUCAACAAGGUCCUCAGCAAGGUCACUCUCAUUGCUACCAUUUUGGUUCCUAUGAAUUUGAUCUGUGGUCUUUUCGGUAUGAAUGUCAAUGUCCCCGGUAAAGACACCCCUGGACUUGCCUGGUUCUUCGGCAUUCUGGGCGUGAUGGGAGCCAUUGUCGUCGUCAGUAUGGCCCUUGCUCGCUGGCAGAAGCUGGUUUAA